AUGAUGAGAACCCAGCUACGAAUGACUAAAGUCACUCACUCUCUCAUCUAUCACCACACUCGCUCUCACAAGUCAAAGCACUCAACCCCCGCCCUUCCAAAUGAAGUUCACCGCCAUCAUCGCCGCCGUCUUCACAAUCGCUCUCUCAGUCAAGCAAAGAACCUGCAACUAACACCAUUCACAGCAAAGCAGCAGACCGCGUCCAAUGCGCCGGCACAAUCGACACGGCCCCCCAACAAAGGCCGCAACGAGCCCAGCGGGUCCCUCACAGCCAACCUCACCCAGGUCGCCUGCAAGAGCGGCAAUAUUGACGGCGCGCUCAAGGGCAACCAGAAAUGCUGCAUCUCCAACAAUAAGGGCGCGUUUGGGGCUGCGUGUACCGCGGCCAAGUUCCCGCCGCAGUUCGCGAGUGGGUUCAAGGCUACUUUCCAGCCUUGCUGA